GACCGUAAGCUGACAAAAGUGGAGCGUCAGCGGUUUAAGGAGGAGGCAGAAAUGCUGAAGGGGCUGCAGCACCCCAACAUCGUCCGCUUCUACGACUUCUGGGAGUCACCCCUCAAAGGGAAGAAGUGCAUCGUCCUGGUAACGGAGCUCAUGACCUCCGGCACACUCAAAACGUGAGUGUGCUAUAAGACCUGCUGGAGAUGGGAGAGAUGAUGGUCAACGGAAUAGGCUAUAACUGGGCUGCAUCUAGUCAUUAACGCAGCACACAUACGUUUUUAAAUUCAUUCCCCCAACCAACCAGUCAACGUGUGCUGGAGUAUUAUUUAUCAUUGAUGAGAUGACUAAGUUUGUUUUUGUCCCCAUUUUAGUUUGUAUCCCUAGUACUGCAAAAAGAGGCAUGGGUGUGAUAUGCACAUUUAUAUUUGCUCCAAGUUAGCCCCAAGUUACCCCUUAUUUAUUUAGUGGAUUAUCAAUCCCAAGACUGUAGAAUGUUUGAAUGGUGAUACUGUGGUCCUCUCCUCCUGUAGGUAUCUGAAGCGCUUCAAGGUGAUGAAGCCCAAGGUCUUAAGGAGCUGGUGUAGGCAGAUUCUAAAGGGCCUCCACUUCCUCCACACCCGGGACCCUCCUAUCAUCCACAGGGACCUGAAGUGUGACAACAUUUUCAUCACGGGCCCCACCGGCUCCGUCAAGAUCGGAGACCUGGGCCUGGCCACACUCAAGAGGGCCUCCUUCGCCAAGAGUGUCAUAGGUAGGAGAUCCAACCAGACUGCAUCAGUAAUACCUGGUGUCUCGUCCUUUAUUAGCCUCCCUCCAGAUUCUAAUAAUUUCCUCCUUUCUAACCUUUGACCCCUGUCCUCCCAGGCACCCCAGAGUUCAUGGCCCCAGAGAUGUAUGAGGAGCACUAUGACGAAGCAGUGGAUGUCUAUGCCUUUGGGAUGUGCAUGCUGGAGAUGGCGACCUCGGAGUACCCCUACUCGGAGUGCCAGAAUGCUGCACAGAUCUAUCGCAAAGUCACCAGC